GUACGCAGUGUGAACUGUAGUAUAAACGCGCAUAGGGACCACGCGACCAUUACAUGUACGAGUGAGAAUUACCCUGAAGCUUUGUGUAACUUUACUUGGAAAAAUGAGCUGCUGGACAGCUUGUUCAGGGGCAAAACCUCUGUCAAAAACACCCCAUUUCAUGUCAACAAUGUAAGGUAUUACAUAACAGAAUGUGUCCUGAAAGUACCAGAGGAGCUCGCGAUAUAUGAAUUUCAAAUCCACAUUUACCCUAACAUAACAGGUCAAGCACAAGAUAUGCAGUAUGGAUACAACCAGUCAAUCAAUAAAGAUAAACAUACAUGUGAAAGUGUAGCUGCAACUAACUUAACAGUCUGUGUUAUUCUUUGGGUUUUGACAAUCUUAGCCUUUAUUGUUGGAGCCAUCAUAUUCACAAGAUACAAGCUCAAGCACAGGAAGGAAAGUGACAAAGGAAAAACGGUAGAAGAUGGUCAAAACUCACAAGGCAAUCAACAUGACACUAUUCCAUCUCCAUCUGGCGACAGAAGGAGUGAAGACACCACUCGACAGCGAAAAAAAUCAAGCAAGCCAACCCAGGAGGAUGAGCGAGAAAUGGCUCCAUUAAUUAAUAACUCAGCUGCAAAGAAUCAAAAGGAGGACAAGAGUUUGCUUGAUCCACUUUUCUGAAUUACUUAAGUGUGAUAACUUGGGG